AUGUUUGCCUUUACCUCUCUUGUUGCUCUUGUAUCCACCACCAUUACUCUUGUUCACUCGAGCCCCACCGUCUACCCAGACGUUAUUCCGGGACCGGGUCUCCCUAGCCUAGAGUUCCUGAACCUUACGUCAAAGGAUCUGUACACAAUGACGCCCCCAACAUUUGACUUGUCUCUCAACUCGCGCAGCGCAAACUUUGAUGCCGAAUGGUAUGAUGAUAACAGUACACCAUUUCAAACGACUAAUCGCACCUCAUGCAGUUUUACCUUCACCACCGGUGACGUAGACAACACCAUAGCCUGCUUCAACUACCUCGUCAGCAUCGGAAACAACGCCUGCGUUGUGUCCGCGGACAAUGUUGAAUUCUGCAGAGCUGGAGAUGCCUCCAUAGGCGGAUCUAACCUCCACCAGACGUCCGGUGCGGCGUCGUCAGCUUGCAGAGAUGUAGCUACAGCUGUCCAAUGGAUAUUCACUAAUUGCAAUGUCGGUGGUAGAGUUGGCGGCGCAGACGCAGCAUAUGGAAACGGAGAUUUAGUUGUAGGAGUUUACAAUGUAGAUUGGAUUUAA